GCUGACGCGUCACGACCAUAAAUCUGGUGGAAACGAGGUCAAGACAGUUGAACAUCUGCUGCGGCUCAGAAUCACAAAGUGUUAAGAUCCUUUGAACGAUACGUUGACUGUAGUCAAGUUAAACUACAAAAAAAGUAAAGAAACGGAGAGAACAUCCUAGAAAACGCUGUAAAUGUCUGUUUUGCUGACAGUAUUAAUAUAUUGGCUUCCGGUGCAAAUGUUUUCAUUUUGCAAGAUUAUGGUUUUGAACACGGUUUCGGACAACGCCGUCUGGUUUUUAUCUAAACAGCGUCAGCACUGAUCGGUUGCCGGUUUGUGAUGAAAUCUCCUCCUGGGAAAGUUUUUGACUCGACACCGACGCUGUAACAUCCGUCGUGCCGCACUGAGCUCAUACGUCUGAAUCACAGGAUGAGCUUCGCAGCUGCACAUAAUCUGCGGCAUUGUCCCAGUUCUUUUUAUUUUUUUUAUUUUUUUUUCUCGCCAUGCUAAUGACACCCUCAUCACGACUCUCUCCAUUCACAAAGCAAAUCCUGUCGUGACGGGAGGAACUGGCUCGGAGCGGGCUGUGGGUGUCUCAGGAUUCGGAGGACGCUGCUAAUUUCUGCAGCAGCAGCCGCGCGCCGCCUUUUCACCGAGUUCCUCUCGACGUACGCGCGCUGAAUGGGACCGCGCUGUGGGGGGACGCACAUUCGGAGCUGCGGCUGCCGCGUGAUUACAGCCUUUCACGCGUGCGCUCGCGUGCACUAACGCGUCUGUAUAAAUAAUCCUAAUGAGCGUCUACCUGAAUGAACGCGCGCCUGCGCCCACAUCACACGGGUAGACGGUUCAAUCGGGGCGUGAAUGGACUGUGGGCUGUGCAGAGGUGCGAUGGGAUGUUCGGCUCUAUGCACCAUGACACUGUGUGUGUAGCGUGAGGCAGCUGUGAGGACGGCGAGAGAGAGAGAGAGGGAGAGAGAGGGAGGCAGCAAAAGCGUCCUUUAACGUGGGCUGUUGUGUAAUCCCUCCCAGGGCCCCUUUGCUAUUUUUGUGCCUGGGUCCGCACGUCACGGUUGGGUAUUUUCUCUGGUGACUAGCUCGCAUCAAUAGAUCUUCUAAUGUACACCCAGGCAGCCAGCAGCUCCAUGACCGAGGGGACUUUAUCGCGCUCAUUUAUUUCAUUAUCCUUAUCCAGGCGUGAGGAGAAUGGAGGGACGCGCUCCGCGGCGUGAGGAAUGUCACGUGUGACUGUCGAUAUGGGACCGGGGACCGUCCAAAUGUCAGGUGACCCCUCCCUGCCAUCGAUUCACAUGUGCGCUAAUAUCACCACAGUUACAUAACAGAUAUUGUCCUUGAAAAUCGAUCCCAAACAAAGUGACAUUGGAUGCAUGGAGUCAGUUGAAACUACUGCAGGGGUGAGGAGCUCCGCGGAGGGUCAGGGCGGACAUGUGGCAAAGAAAAAGGGCACAUCAGACACCACGCAGGCUGGGAGGAGUCCCUCCGUUGAGCUGGAAGGCAAGGGAUGGCACCAACAACGGCAGAGCAGCCAGAGCAGAGACACGUGUGGUUUCAGUGAAAUGUCUGACUCAGGGAAAUCACUGCAGUUAGAGGAGCAACACUCCCAAUCCGCAAGCCACCAAGUCUACGAGGUGUCCUCAUAUCCUGUGCAUUCACCGAAACAGAAAGCGGUCAGUCCCGCAUGCCACAAGAAGUCUCCCAGCUCACCUGAAGUCCAACAGCAGGGGGGGAUGGAUCAGCUGUCAGAGGCCGCGUGUAAGGUGGAACCCAAGCCGCAAAAGCCUGGGAAGUAUGUCUGUGAUUACUGCGGAAGGGCAUGUGCCAAACCCAGCGUGCUGAAGAAACACAUUCGCUCGCACACGGGGGAGCGGCCCUACCCAUGUGUCCCCUGCGGGUUCUCCUUCAAGACCAAGAGCAACCUAUACAAGCACAGGAAGUCCCACGCUCACUCCGUCAAAGCUGGAACCGUGCCAUUCUCAGAACUGGGUUCCUUCAAUGCCAACGCAGAGCAGGGCUCCUUCGAGGGCGAGGGAGAGUUGUUCUCCGACGCCGAGCAGAGCACGGACACGGACGAGGACGCGCUCAACGACCCGCUGCUGCUGCUGGACUCGCCGGUGGAGGCGUCCGAUAACACCGCUGUAAAGGUGCUGAAUCUCAUUUCUCAAAGAAGGGGAGCCACGUCGACGCCGGCGCAGGACGGCUCGUCCCAGCCGCAGGAGACCAACGCGCCUCCCGCCGAGGCCGGCCGCGCCAUCCAGUCGUGCACCAUCAAGCAGAGGCUCGCGCUGAGGCUUUCCGAAAAAAGAAGCAGCGACUCCGACCACAACCUGUCGCUGCCAAGUCAGUCCAGCAAGGGCAGCACCGAUUCUGGCUACUUCUCUCGCUCCGAGAGCGCGGAGCACCAAGCCGGGCCUCCGAACACCAACGCAAAAUCCUACCAGGAAAUAAUGUUUGGGAAGUGUUACAGACCGAGCCCCAAACAGACAACGGCAUUCACGGCCUGCAGCACAGACUCAGAUGAAUACGUUGGAAGGCAAUCAGAGAAAGGCGUUUCCCGCGUGUUCACCCAAGAGAAAGACACGGUGGAGUCGAUCAAAAUAAACAGCAAAUCGUUCACGAGAGAGGAGGUUAAAGAGCCCCAGUUAGACGCUGGCUCCGACGUCGGGCCUCUGAUGAGGAGCAACUCCAUGCCAACAUCUUCAGCAGCGUGCCUGACGAUGCCUCAAGCCCUGAGAGGCAGCCACUCGUUUGAUGAGAGAACGAGCACCGGGGGCAUGAGGAGACUGAGGCGGCAAGCUGCAUUCGAGCUCUCCGCGCACGACGGCCACGCCGACGCCGACGGCCACGGGAAGACGAGCGAGAGGGGCCUUUCGCCCACGGGGCUGGAAAUGGAGAAUCAACCCUCCUCCGUGGUGGCUAACGUGAGCCAUCAGAGACACGCCAUGGAGCUGGCGACGAGGAAGCGCAGGAAGGAGAAGAGGGAGGAGGAGGACGCGCCCGGACUGUACGAGGGCCAUCGCGAGCAGUGCGACGAAAUGUCGGAUCCGAGCAAAGACUACGAUUCGAAACAAGCUGCGCUGGGCAUCAUGGCUUUAGCCCGAGGCCAUUCUCUGAGCAUGCUGGCGCAGAUGGACAGAUGUGACAUGGACACGUCUGCGAUUCCUGAAAUUCGCAAAACAUUAGGAAAUGUUAUUUCAGUCAUUCAACACACGAAUUCCAUCAACAGGCCCCACUCUGAGCAGCCAGAAGCCUACAAGUAUGGGCAGAGGCAGGAAAGCAGUUCUUCAUUUCAGUCCAUGGAGGCAAGUGAAUCGUAUGAGAUGGAGAGGAGCGACGGCCGACUACAGCCCCCACUGCAAAUGGGCCCCAAACUGGUGCGGCAGCCCAACAUACAAGUCCCUGAGAUCAGGGUCACGGUGGAGCCCGACAGCCCAGAAAAAGCGACCGAGGUGCAAGUGAAGGAACCAGAGAAGCACAUGGAAGAAUUUCAGUGGCCUCAGAGGAGUGAAACUUUAGCACAAUUCCCUCCGGAAAAGCUUCCUCCGAAGAAGAAAAGGCUCCGCUUAGCCGACAUUGAGCACUCCUCCGGUGAAUCGAGCUUCGAGUCGGCCUGCACCAGCCUGUCCCGCAGCCCGAGCCAAGACAGCAACCUAUCCUACAGCUCCACAUUCUCCUUCGACAGGGAGGACAGCCUGAAGUCUGCCUCGCCGGCCCGGCAGGAGGACUUGGCCAAACCGCUGGAGCUCCUGUCGGUGCCGGGGAGCGGGCACUCCCUCUCCGUGCUCCACCAGCGCCAGCAGCACGAGAUGAGGCGCUCGUCCUCGGAGCAGGCGCCGUGCGACUUGCGCAGGGAGUUCCCGGAGAUACGCAGCGUGUCCUUUGACUACGGCAGCCUCUCGCCCACGGCCAAAAUUAGACUCGCAGACGCGGGCGCCGGGCACUCGGCCGCGAAGGAGAGGCGGAGGGGGAACCUGGUGCGACAGGAGUCUCUGAAUAUGGACACUGAGGUGUCACAAAGCCCAUCGCAAGUGUUUGCACAGUGCCUCAGUGGCAGCGCCCCUCCGUUCACAGCCGUCGCUGCUCUGCCUCAGACUUUGCCAAUAUUUUCUGCCGGGAAUACUUUCCCCCAGCUGUCACACCCCAGCCUGUUAGUUCCUGUUAGGAUACAGACUAACGUUCCCUCCUUCGGCAGUAUCACAUACACCUCUGUGUCACAGGUUUUUGACAAUCAGUACGCCAGUGUCAGCUCCACCACGGGCCCUCAGUCGUCACGUCUCCUCGAUCCCCACAGCGUAUUGGCUUACAGCAAACCGCCGCUGACACACACCCUGAAUGUCGAAGCCCUUGACUUGUCAUCCGCUAAGCUCAAAACAGGCAUCCCCCUCUCGCUGACCUCCAGGACGAUAUCGACCACCAACGCGUCCAGCGGCGGCGCGAACAAAAGGAUGCUGUCGCCUGCCAGCAGCCUGGACCUGUUCAUAGAGGUCAAGCAGCAGAAACGCGUCAAGGAGGAGAGAAUGUUCGGGCAGAUUGUGGAGGAGCUAAGCGCCGUGGAGUUGGGGAAAUGUAACAUGAGCGAGGAGACGGGGCAAAGGUCAGAGGUACAGGGUGAGGAUGACUCACGCAGGGGCGAAUUCAUCACACUUCAGCAGAACGUGGCCGAGGCCUCAGAGCUGAGCAUCGAGUCAGCUAUGGAAAGCAGCCCCCUGGGACCCGGCUCACCGCCCUACUCCAUGAUAUCACUCAGCGACGGGAAAGACGCUGGCACGGAGAAGCGGGCGCCGAUGGACACGGCGGCGCAGCUGGUGGCCAGUCAAGACGUCCUGAUCUCAGAGGUCGAGCAUUCGAGGCUGUUAGCUCAGUUUCCAAGCCUCCGCACGACAACAGGUGUGAGCUGGUGUUUUCUCAACUACACCAAGCCGAGCUGCUCGCACAGCAGCGCCCCCUACGCCUCCGUCUACGCCGCCUGGUGCGUGAGCGCCCACAACCCGAACCCGCUUGACCUGAGCACCGGCGCUGCCCUGGCUCUGCUGCGAUCCAGGCAGAAGGGGGGCGGGGUUAUAUACACGCUGGCCGCCAUGUGCCAGCCUGGCACGGGAAAACUGGUGUCAUCCCUGGUCCUGUGGAGGCAGACCGUGGAACAGCUGCAGAGGAAACCGGAGGCCAAAGAGGGGGACGUCACCUACGGGAAGAAAGUGAAAGACAUCAGCUGCAGAGUGAAAACUGCCAAAGAGGAGUGGAAAGAGAGGGAGGCUUCCACCACUCAACCGGUGCCAACGCGCAUUAAGAUCUUUGAGGGAGGGUACAAGUCCAAUGAGGAUUAUGUGUACGUCAGAGGUCGAGGCCGGGGAAAAUACAUUUGUGAAGAGUGUGGCAUCCGCUGUAAGAAGCCCAGCAUGCUGAAAAAACACAUCCGGACCCACACAGAUGUGAGACCGUACAUCUGUAGGGUCUGCAACUUUGCAUUUAAAACUAAAGGAAACCUGACCAAACACAUGAAGUCAAAGGCUCACAUGAAGAAGUGUCUGGAGCUGGGCGUGUCAGUGACGAUGGAUGAAACAGAGAUACAGGAGCACGCCGACGACGCCCAACACGAGCCCAAGACAGAGGCCGCGGUCACAACCAAACACCAGUUCUCAGACGCCGAGGACUCCGACGGCAUGGACGAAGACGAGAUCGACGAAGAUGACGACGAGGACGACGACUACGAAGGCGACUCCACUCCGAAGCUGCAUUCAAGAAGUACAAGCCCUCAGCCGUGUGGAGUCACCUCGGUGUCGGUCACGGCCUCCGUUGUGGUUCACGGCUGCCCCCUCGCUGCCCUGCCCGGCGCCAACAUCCGCCAGCAGGCCUCGGGCAGGCGGACGGGCUCGGACCUCAGGCCGCUCCUCGGUACCGACCGGAGGGAGAAGUCCGUGGACGAAGACUCCCUGACCAUGCUGUCCCCGGACCAGGCCGGCUUCCUCUUUGAUCCCUACUCUUCUUGUCUGCUGUCUCCUGGCUGGGAGUCCCCCAUCAGGGAGCCCUCCCCCUCGCGUCCGCGCUACCCGUCUCCUAGGCGAGAGCUCUCCCCGCGAGGUCGCUCCUCGACCAGAUGGGACGCGUCCCCGCUGAGGCCUGGCUCGCCCGGCUUCGCGCCCAUUCAGCACCUCUCGCCGGUCUCCAUGGAGCGGCCGCUGUCCCCCGGCUUGGAGCUGGCCGGGAAGCGGGAGUCCUCGCUCAGGGGUCGGCAGAGAGUUGUGCUGAGGGCUGUUUCGCCGCGUAGAGGCUCGCACCAGCACAAAGGCAGCGACAAAGCCCGGAAUCAGGCGAAGAUGGAGAUGGCUCAACAACAAGGAGCUUUUGAAAUGGAAAUGGAUCAAAGGAGCAGCUUGGCUUCUUCUGUGCUCGUUGCUGCCAGUUCACAUCACCAGAACAUCCUCAGCCACCUCCCUCUCCACUCGCAGCAGCAGGCCCACACCCUGCUCCCCGUCGUUCCCGUCGGAGGGCUCCAGAUGUUGCACUCCCCGCCUUCUUCCAGCACCGACGUUGCCCCGUCUCCUGAGCCGAGCCCCGAGAGCAGCGAGGGCCAGCGUCACAGCGGCGGGGGGGGUUCUGUCCCCGGCGCUGAGGCGGGGGGAGAGGACGUCGCGGGCCAGAACCAGGUCACUCAGGAGAAAAGCCCCAACCCAGACAUCAGGGACAGCAGACAGGAGGAGAACGUCCAGACGUGCUUGAAAGCCAUCGCCUCAUUGAAGAUUACCACAGAGGACCCGCAUUAGGACCCUGUUGGACUCCAAUCCGAUCCAGCAACAGAUGCCGUCUGCUACACCUGCAACCUUGUUGUCCUCAGCCCUUUAGGCACAUAACCAUCUUUAUCCUGUUAGAGGCAAUACAGUGACACUUUCUUCAGUCUUACUCAUACAGACAGUUCCUUUAAAACCUGAGUGAAGCUAAAACCUUCACAGUGUAGAAGAAAGCCACCCGGUCUCUUUGAAACGACAGGGUGAGAAGCAGGAAGUUCAGCAAGGUGGAGAUUCUUUAUUGGGUGGAGGUGCAAUAUGGAAAGAUGCUAAUAUGCCUUUGUUUGACAUAGUAGUUUGCGUACAAUUGCACAUAAAUUAUAUUUAUGGAUUAUGUCCUUAACAUAUACUCCUUCUUAGAUGCAUACAAACAGUGUAUUUUAUUGUAUGUGUACUUUGAAAAUAGACUUGUUUAAUGUACUCAUAUCAAAGUGUGAUGCAGUAGUGCAGUACAUACAGACUAUUUAUAAGGGGAAAAGUAUGUGUAUUAUAAAACAGUCUGACCAAAUUUUAAGUAGACGCUUCUUGUGCAGUUUGGUGUUUCUAAAUCAAGCGGCAAGAGUCUGUGCCUUUAAUUUGCUUUUCGUCCUUUUGUUACCAGAAGGCUAUUGUUGAAUAAGGAAAACCGUGGCGGUACUGUGUUCACAGGUGUUUGCUUUAUCUUCUUUUUUCUUUUGUUUUUUGUUUUUUUGUCGACAAAUGCAGCUUGAUUUAUGUGAAGCAACCUUAAGAAACGUUUCCGUUGCGUUUUUUUCCUUAAUGUUGUGGUUUUUAUCCUGCAUGGAAUUUGCUCUUGCACAAAAUAGAGGAAGUUAACAUGUAAUUACAAAUACUGUAAGAUGUAUUUAUAUAUUAGAACAUAAGCACUUAUUGAUACUGGUAAAUAUUUGACUACUAUUUAUAUGGUAUAUCUGUACUUAUGCAGCAGUGAUGCAGUUAUGCAGUGAGCCACGCAGGCAUUGCUUUUGAUCUCACGUCUUUGCUCCGAACUGCGUUUCUUUUCUCUUUUCUGACCAUUUGCGUGUUCCGACGAUGCACUUUCCUCCUUAUCACAUGUAACCGACGUGGUCGGCGGAAACCGAAGGAGCGAAGCAUGUUACGUUCUCCUGCGGUUUGGAAACAUUCCAGUUGUGUUUUUUUUUGUCCACAUUUCUCAUUGUGCGAAAACGCGUCGCACACAAACCCAAGGGGCUAUGAUGAUCAGUCAACACAGCGUUCUCUCGCACUUCAAAGCGUAACUGGAUGAAUCAAUAUUACUUACUGUAAGAAAUACUGAAGUAAUGAUGCUAACAGCGUUGACUAUUACUGUGCUUCGGCUCAAAAUGUAGGUAAUUGUUCACCAAAUGCAUUAUUUCUUCUUUGUAUAUAUACGUGUAUUUUUAUGAUUUAAACUAUUUUUGCAGUGUUGAAUUCUGAAAACUUUUUAUGUGGAUUGUUUAUAUCUCUUUAAGAGGUAACAUGCCUGCAGUUGACAUAACGGAGGUUUAAUGAGGGCGAAAAUAGCACAGUGUCGAUUGCUACUCAUCUUAAAAAAAAAAAAAAUCACAUACUGAAGUGUUACGUUAACAGUGUGAGAUGGAUUUGGAAAUCUGUUCAAUCAUGUUUACAUAAAGCAUUUUUACAGGUGCACUCGCUUUACGUUUGUGUUCCCGCCUUUGAAGAUGGACGUAGCUUGGGUUUCAUGGUUAUGUGAUCUUGUUUGUCGUGAUUACAGUGCAGAACGCUCCUAAAAUGUGAAGAGGGGGUGGCGCUUUUUAUUUGCCUUUGCAUACAGUACGUAUUCAGAUUGUGUUUUGUUGUUCCGUUUGAUUUGUGUAUCCAUACUUUUCUGAACUGCAUUGUGCCUCUCAACUCUAUGAAUUUCCCUGAGGACAAAUCAUUUUACCUCUUAGUGAACAAUUUUGUGAGGGGGGGGUGGGGGGGUGGGUGGCUCAGUAGCCAAUCUGCUGUUUAGCUACUUGCAUCAAAACUGGUUAGUCAGGACGGAGUGCCUCUUUUAUGCUAUGGGGAAUUUAUUGUUUGGUGCUCUACUUUUUCAGAUUAAAUUCAAAAUUGUUUUAAAGGAAUAUACUUCUAACCCAG